UGUUUCCAUGGAUUGUGUUUGCCAAGUCCCAAAAAAAUCACAUUUGGUCGAGCAACCCGACAGUCAGUGAAGGGAAAGGAGCAGGAAUAGCGAGAGGUGACCAAAUUCCAACCUAACCUUUACCCUUCACCACUGGACCUCCCAGAGGAAGGCUCAGCAGGAGGAACUGGACCAUCGAAAGUGCAGUUACCAUUCACAAUGGAGGGUCCAGACUGCCUGUUGGAUGUGAAGACAGAGACACCACCGGAGGAAGAGGCAUUAACUGUUCUCCACUAUGAGGAGCAGAUCACAGAGUUACUUGUUGUUAUUGCUGAGUUGAAUCGGAAGAUUGAUAGACUGACAGUAUCAACCAUCAGGGAGGAAGAUGAAUACCUGGACACUUUCUCAGACAUUAGUGACUCUCUGUAUUUUGAAAACAACACGUGUCUCCAUCCAGACCCAAGUCAACCAACAGUCUCCAAUUGCCCAGGACAACCUUGUCAACUACCAGGGAGUGCUGGUGAACCCGGUGAGCUGCCACAGAAACUGCAGCAGGUAUUGACAGAGCUGGAGGAGACAGUGCGCAUCUGCAGAACAGAGAUCCCAUUGUGCUGUGCUGACCCUGGUGAGGAAGAACAGUCAGCACUGGCACACUGGUCACUGGUCACUCAGACGAUCGAGGAGGUGGAGCAGGAGUUGGGUGUUGACCUGAGCCCUGAGUUGCAGGAGGAGAGGAGCCAAAGGGAGGCCGAACUGGAUUGUCUGAGGGAGAAGAAUCAACAUCUGUCUGACCAGCUUGUCCAGAAGGACCAGGAACUGUGGCGGGUUUCCAGUGCCCUCGCUGGGAUUCAGCAGGACAGGGACAAACUCCAGCUCAAGGCUGAUGACCUGCUGUCAUGUCUCCAGAGUCUGCAGCAGAACGUGACGACCUCACCACCCCCCAGCCCAUUCCCUAGUAUCAUGGACACGGGCACAACUGGAUGCAGCACAAUCAACACUGAGCUUCAGGCUCUUGGGAACAAUGAUCCAGGGCUCAUGGUCGAAAGGUUGAUCCAGUCAUUCCAGGAUUGUUCUGGCAUCCAAGACAUUUUCCAGUUCCUUUGCAGAUACGGAUCCAACGUUUCCAGAGUAAGGAUUCAGGAUUCAGGAAGAGAAGCAGAUCAGCUGAGGAACUGCAUCGAUGAGUGGAAGAGCCGCAAUGAGCAGCUUUCCAGGGUCCUGAAGGAAUGCAAGGGAGACUGCGAGUGGCUCAGUAUGUUACUGGGGAGACUCGAAUCCAAUGACACUGCACUGCGCUUGGCUCUACAGUACAGCGAGGAGUGUGUUGAUGUCUAUGGUCUGCUUCUGGCAGAGGUUCAAACUAAAGGGAGCUCCCUGGAGACAGAGAUCUCUGAGGCACAGGCAAACCGGUGUGUGGACAGAGGUGGGCGAUUUGGCAGGAAGGAUAUGGAAGGAUUGCUGGGGGAAGGUGGAGGGGAAGCAGCUGAGGAUGUUCACAGUAUUGAUCUACCAAACACUGAUCAUCAUCAUCAGGGUCCAACUGAAUACACACAGCGCAGCCUCGCUGGGGAGCUGGAAGGGGACAACACCACAAAUCACUUGAGAGGAGACAUUGUGAGGCUCAGAGGUAGCCACGCUGCAGUAAUGAGAACUGUUCUGGAAGUGGGAGACAUACCAGCCCACCUGAAGCGAUACGGCGAGGGAAUGUCCCAAAGCUGGGAGUCUGGAGCAGCAGUACGGGGUCUGCUUGUCCCUGGGAUCAGUGCACAGUCGCCCAGAACAGUCCGUCAACAUAAGAUGGAGAAGAAGGAAGUGCUGCAGGAACUCCUGACUGUCAGGGAUGAGAUGGCCUGGCUGAAGGGUCAGCUGGGCUGGGUUAAAAGGGAGAAGAGGGACCUGGAGCAGAGGCUGCGAUUACAGAAGUCCCAGGAGGAGGCUGCAAUCCUACUCCUUGCACAUUGGCAAGCGGAGAGAGAUGACUGUCUACAGCAGCAACCUACCCCAGUCUGCAGCAAGGAGGAAACUGCACCAGAACCAGAUGUGCUUACAAUGGCCAGUGACCAACUGGAGUCAGAGCUCACUGCCGUUUCCACUCGACAAAAUGAACUGAGGGAACGGGCUGAGGUGCUGGUGACAUCACUGGAGAAGCUGCUAAGAAGCAAUCAUACACAGAAGGUUCAGUCUGAGGAACUAGCCAGUGAGCUGAGGAAAACAUACAGCAACAUGUCGACAGCCUACCGAAACGCCAAGAGGAAGUAUGAGAACCAGCUGAGGAAGCUGGAGUCACAGGCGAGCACCAUGUGUGAACGGCAGGCAACUCAAACUCAAGCCCUGGAGGAGAAGGUGACGUGUCUUCGCAAGGUGCUGGAGCAUGCCAAUGGCACACCAUUAUAACGGCGAUCCCAGCUCCAGGACAGCACCAUCAGGGCAACCCUGAGUCUGCUGUAUUCCCACAACCUUCCUGACAACUUUUGACGUUUGGACAGCAUUUGUAUAGAACUUUGAAGAUGAAAUAGUGGGAGAAAAGGGGGAAAAGUGAACAUUAGCUGUGGGAGAUUAUAUGGCUGGAUAGGACAGAGUGCACCUCAGUUGGAUAAGGAGUGGAUUGAACCAAACAGCCUAAUUUUAUUCAGGGCUUCUCCUAAGCCCUUUCACUGAAUCUGGGGUAAAAUUGAUUUCCCUGAAGUUUCUGUUGAAACAUUUCUGCUAACACUUUCUGUCAUGACCUCCAACCUUUCUAUUUCAGCCCAAAUCCAAAGCAACUUCAUGCCGUGAAUGUUUUACUGAACUUUUGCACUCACCACAGGCGUGAAAUAUUCUUUGUGUUGGUAUCUAAUGCAGGUAAAGAGCUCACAGUCUUAGAGACGUGUAGCAUGGAAACAGACCCUUCAGUUCAACACGUCAACGUCAGCCAGGUUUCCCUAACUAAACUAGGCCCAUUUUGUCUGUGUUUGGCCCAUCUCCCUCUAAACCUUCCCAAUUCAUGUACCUGUCCAAAUGUCUUUUAAAUGUUGUAACUGUACUCACCUCUACCACUUCCUCUGGAGGUUUAUUCCACAUAUGCACCAUCCUUUGUGUGAAAAAGUUGCCCCUCAGGUCCCUUUUAAAUCUUUCUCCUCUCACCUUAAACCUAUGGCCUCUCGUUUUGCACUACCCCCACCCUGGGGAAAAGAACUUUGCUAGUUACCUUAUCCAUGCCCCUCAUGAUUUUAUAAACCUCCAUCAGGUCACCUCUCAACUUCUAUGUUGCUGUGAAAAACAUCCCACUCACAGAGUCAUAGAGCACGGAAACAGUCCCUUCGGUGCAACCAGUCCGUGCUGACCAUAAUCCCAAACUAAACUAGUCCCACCUGCCUGCGUUUGGCCCAUAUCCCUCCAAACAUUUCUUAUUUAUGUACAUAUCCAAAUGUCUUUUAAGCAUUUUAAAUGUACCCACAUCCAUCACUUCCUUUGAAACUUCAUUCUACACAUGAACCACUCUCUGUGUAAAAGAGUUGCCCCUGAAAUCUUUUUCAAAUCUUUCUCCUCUCUCUUCGAAAAAAUGCCCCCUAGAUUUGAACUCCCCCACUCUGGGGAAAAGACACCCGCCAUUUAAGUUAUCUACACUUCUGACCAUUUUACAAACCUCUAUAAGGUUUAUUAUUCAAUCCCUCCAAUGCUGGUAACAUCUUGUGGUGUAGCAGCUGCAUUCCUCGCUCUGAACCAGGAGGUCUGUGCUUCAGUCCCAACUGCUCCAAGUGUGUCUCAUGACACAUCUGAACAGAUUAAUUAAAAAAAACAAUCAAAUGCAGAAAAAUGAUGCAACUUUGAUGUGGGCUUGUUCCAUGUUCGAGGAAUUGUUGAGGAGCUGCUGAAGGGAAGUGAGCCAGCAAUCUCUGACAGACUAAUGACACAGAUUCCUGAAGAGCUGAUGCCUGAAACGUUGAUUCUCCUGCUUCUCGGAUGCUGCCUGACCGGCUGUGCUUUUCCAGCACUACAUGCUCAACUCUGGAGGAUCUCCAGCAUCUGCAGUGCUCACUUUCUCCCAGCUAUCUCUCACAGAAUCAGAUGGAAUCCUAUAAUUUGUGUAAGGUUCUUUUUAAAAUGCUCACAAUUUAUUGGAAAGUGCACUGGGGGAGAAUAUGUUUGAAAUUCCAUUGUAAUGUAAAGCACUUAAUAAAAACAAGACUUGUGUGCGUCACCAUAGUCUUACCAAACUA